ACCAAGGGCACCGGCGCCUCCGGGUCUUUCAAGCUGAACAAGAAACCGGGUGAGACAAAAGAGAAGGCAACGAAGAAAAAGCCUGCAGCUAAGCCUAGGAAGCCGGCGGCCAAGAAGCCUGCCAGUGCUGCUAAGAAGCCCAAGAAAGCAGCAGCAGUGAAGAAGAGUCCCAAGAAGGCCAAGAAGCCGGCGGCCGCAGCAGCUAAGAAAGCAGCCAAGAGUCCCAAGAAAGCCGCAAAGGCAGGCCGCCCCAAAAAGGCAGCCAAGAGCCCGGCCAAGGCAAAGGCAGGGAAGCCCAAAGAAGCCAAGCCCAAGGCAGCCAAGACCAAGAAGGCUGCGCCCAAGAAGAAGUAA